AUGCGAUCAAAUUCAAUUUACAUUAUCUACCAACGUUAUCAAAUAUUUACUGUAUGUGUUAAUGAUACUACUCAACAACGAUGGAAAGCUCUCACUGAUUGGUUUCAACUACAAUUAAAUUCUAAUCCACCAUUAUCAGCAUUAAACGAAAUAAAAACAGUUUUAUUUUUAAAAAUUUACUAUAAUUAUUAUUGUAAUAAUCAAUUAUCUUUGUUAAACAUGCUAUUAGAAACAAUUGAAAAUACAUUACAGUUAUCAACAGAGGAAUUACAAGUAUUUCGUGUUAUAUUAAAACCACAACAGUUUAUGAUUGGCUAUAAUGCUACAGUUGAUGAAGAACAAAAUUUUCUCAGAAAACUAUUUCAACUUGAUUGCCAAUCUCUCGAUGAAUUAUCAAUUAGACAUGCACUUGUCAAUCUAAUGGCAAUGAUUAUACUAGGCGGAAAAGAUAAUUUCCUGUGGUCAUUUGCAUUUCACCCAUUAUCAUUAGAAAAUACAUACGGUAAGUAA